GCCGGGUCAUGUGGGAACUACUCGGCUACCUGGACGCCACGUGGGUGACGGAGGAGCAGCUCGGGGCUCUAGGUGGGGGCUUCUCUUGUUAGAGCAGUGAGCUGGCGGCAUGGUGUCCCCAGAGGCGAGUGUGUCCACCCAGUGCCUGUGCCCCUCCCCCGCUGGCCUGAACUCCAAGGACAUGCGGAAGAAACCUAAGAAGCGGAGCCGGCGGCACCAGCGCGUCCUGGCUCAGCGCUGGGGGCCGAGCCCCAGCGCCACCCAGGCUCCUGUGCCUUCGCUGCUCCCCCUGCCGCCGUGCCCCCAAGCCUCGUUCCUUGGGAGGCUGUCCCCCAGGGCGGCAAGUGGCCCCCGGGUGGCCGCCGGGUGCGUGACCUCUCCCAACAAGUGCGUGGCCAUCGACUGUGAGAUGGUGGGCACGGGGCCCCGGGGCCGCGUGAGUGAGCUGGCCCGCUGCUCCGUGGUCAGCUACCACGGCGACGUCCUCUACGACAAGUACGUCCGGCCCGAGCGGCCCGUCACCGACUUCCGCAGCCGCUGGAGCGGAAUCACGCAGCAGCACCUGAGCAAAGCCGUCCCCUUCCAGGUGGCCCGGAAAGAGGUGCAGCCUGGGGGCGCGGGGGGGUGCGCCCCUGGAGACCCGGGCCCGUGCCUGCCCCCGUGCUGGGUUCUGCGCCUUCCUGAGCCCCGGCCCGACUCCCACCCUCAGGUCCUCAAGCUGCUCAAAGGGAAGGUGGUGGUGGGCCACGCGCUGCACAACGACUUCCAGGCCCUCAAGUACGCCCACCCGCGCAGCCACACCCGCGACACUACCUGUGUGCCCAGCCUGCUGAGCCCCCACGGCACCCCGACGCGCACCCGCGUGUCCCUCAAGGGCCUGGCCUUGGAGCUGCUGCACAAGAAGAUCCAGGUGGGCCAGCACGGACAUUCGUCUGUGGAGGACGCCGCCACGGCCAUGCAGCUGUACCGGCUGGUGGAGGACCGCUGGGAGGAGCAGGUGGGCGGCCUCUGCGCCCAGCCGGAGGACCGAGAGGGAGACGGCAGCUCUGACAUGCAGCAGUUCAUGGAUGACCGCUAUUGGCCCGAGGACCUGACCCCUGGCCCUGGGGCAGGAGGGACGCGGGUUCCCCGUGGAGAGUAAGGGCGGGGAAAGCCCUGGAGUGGGCUCAGCUGCCUAGAGCUGGGCUACUGGCACUUUAGAGAUCAGGGGCGUCGGGACCUGCACCCCGGCCCCACAGGAACUGGUCGCUCACCUCGUCCAUGCGAGGGCUCUACGGUCACACGGAUAGCAGUGGAACCCGCUGGGAGACCUCUAGGGGGACAUGGUUUCCUUUCUGCCUGCCGGGAGCUCUGUCCCUUCAACAGGCACCCGCUCUGGGGACGGCAGCUUGUUUACUGUCACCUGGUCUGACCUGCCCAUGCCCCAGGUGAGCAAAGCUGGGGGUUCUGGGACUGCACCUGGUCCUGGGAGUUCCUCCAGCUUCUAGAAUGUUCUCCACAGGGCACCAUGGAGCCUGUGCCUCUUGCCAGAGCUACCUCGGGGGACGCCCGGAUAUGCCCACAGCUGCCCCUGCAGCUAGGGGCCCGGCUUAUCCCCCUUCUCCCUGCAGUGACCAGGCACGCAGUCUCCCUCUUCUGCCCGUGCACCUCCCUGUGCCCCCUCCUGCCGCUGGGCUUGUUGGGGAGCCUGGGUUGGUCUGUGGGCGAGGGGAGGAGGAUCAGAGUGCCGGGUCUCAAGCCUUCGGGAAUAAAGCCCCACGGGAGAGGAGGGUGACGUUGUCUGUGUGAAUUCACGGCUCCCCAGAUGGUGCUUGGGAAUGAGGCCGCAGUACUGGGACCCCGGAUCCGAGAUCACUCACACAGAUGCCGGGUGCUGUGGGUGUGGGGUCCGCUCUGAGAUACACGGGGUGCUGAGUUUCAUCAGGCAUCAAUUUAUGAGGGGAGGGGGGCACAUUGGGUGGCUCCUGGCUCCUGGGUCUGUGCUCAGGGAUCACAUGUGGUGCCAGGGUCUAAUGAGGGUUGGCAUGAGCCAGACAAGCAACUUCCCGCUCUGCUAUGUGCUUCGUCCUGCUAAGUUGACCAGGGUCCCCGAGGCGGAGGGAGAAAGACAACGGGGUCAGGAGGGCUGACAAGCAGUG